GCCCGCCCCUUACGUGACGUGCGUGCGUGGCGCGGAUCGCUUUCUUCAGCGCGUGGCGCCCCCCGGAGGCGGCGGCCCCUCAAUGCGACGGCUUGACUGCAACACCAGCCAUGGAGCCGCAGGAAGAGGCGCGCACGCUCGGGGCGUCCGUGCCUCGGCCUGCUGGGGCCUCGGGGUCGCCGACGCGGGGCGAAGAGGAGCGGCCGGAGGGCAGCGCAGCGCCGGUGGCGGCUCCCGCGGGCGAAGAGGGCGACGGCGCGGGAGCCGACGGGCUGUGGGGACUGCCGGUGGAGCGCGCCGAGCGCAGGCCCGAGUGCAGCCGCUGCAGCCGGCCCCAGAAAGUAUGCUUGUGUCCGUAUCUACCAGUGUACCCACUCCAGAUCUCCACCCAUCUGUACAUAAUUCAGCAUCCAGCAGAGGAAAGUAAAGUGCUGCGCACGGUCCCUCUGCUAGCAGCAUGCCUGCCCCCUGACAAGUGCACAGUAAAGAUUGGCCGCCGCUUCAGUGAAGAGCGAGAUAUUGAACUUUCAACUGUUUGCCGGGACUCUGGUACAUUAAUAUUAUAUCCAGGGGCUGAAGCUACUAAUUUGGAAGAAUUUAUAUUAGAUUCUCCUGUUUAUCCUUCCACAAUCAUCAUCAUUGAUGGUACAUGGAGCCAGGCUAAAGACAUUUUCUAUAAGAAUUCCUUGUUCCGACUUCCCAAACAGGUGCAGUUAAAAACUAGCAUUUGUAGUCAGUAUGUAAUUCGGAUGCAACCAACUAGCAGGUGCCUUUCUACCUUAGAAUGUGCUGCUGGUGCUCUUUCCAUCUUAGAGAAAAAUAAGUACAUACAAGAGAUUUUGCUUCGCCCUCUUCAAGCGCUAUGUUCUUUCCAACUUCAGCAUGGUGCUCAGAUUCGCCUCAGCAAGGAAUACCUUCUGAAAAACGGAUUAUACCCCAAGCCAAUGCCAAAGAACAAACGCAAGCUCAGGAAGAUGGAACUGUUAAUGAACAGUGUUAAAAUUUAGCACCACUGGCUCCAUGGUGCUCAUUCACCUGUCUUUAGCUGACAAGACUAUGUAAACUUUCCCCCGCUUUGGGCUUGAAGGCUUUGACUCUGAAGACUCAGUGCUGGCCGGCAAUUGUGCGGAAAGAGAUGGGCUACUAAACAGCAUCCUACAGCACACUUCCACCCACUCUGGGAAAAGCAGACUUUCACAGUGUAUUUGUCAUUUGUUUCAUUUUGGUUUUUGUUUUCUUUUGAGACAAGGUUUCUCUGUAUAGCCUGUAGACCAGGCUGGGCUCGAACUCAGAGAUCCACCUUCCUCUGCCUCCUGAGUUCUGGGCUUAAAGGUGUGAGCUACCAUUGUCCAGAUACUAUAGUUGUUUUGAAAUAUGUGCUUCUACUACAUUUUUUCUUAGAUCUAUUCAAAAUACAGUUAGUUGUUGGUCUAGAGUAAAGAGUUGUCUAUAUAAUGAAAACUGUGCCUGGGAACAGUGUUGUUUCCAUCAGUGUUGCCGAUACCUAGGUAUUUAUAGAUCAAUGAUGGAUAUACCCUGCAUUGGUUUCAGCCUUACUGUGAAAUAAAUGGCAAAAAAGGGUUACUUGUUUUAUUAAAUAGUAUAAAGGAACAGGGAAACUUUUCUGUUUAGGGUUGAACUUGGACUCAGUGAAUGUAAUUUACACCUUCUGUAAUUAUCUGGAUUCCUGUGGAGUGCAUUUAAUUUUGAAAUAGCUUGCAUUCUCAUUGGAGUUGCAUUGCCUAAGUUUUAGUUUUUCAGUGUUCAUUUAACAAGUUUACUGGUUGUAGUUAAGAGUUUUUUUUUUUUUGAUGAAGUGUUCAUAUAGAAAUGAGUGAAGUAGAGUAUAAUACAGUUAUCAUUUUGAGAACAUACUUCUGUAGUAGCUCUAUGUAAAUUUUUUUAAGAGCAAAAACUUUCAAUAUGAAAGAUCAAGUUUCCUCACCCUAUUAAGAGAAUAUUUGUUGAGAUUUUGUAUAGAAUAAGAAAUUUAUACACUAUAUAUCCAAUUUACAGUUAAGUCGACACUUCGGCAAUAUCAGGGUGUUGCCAUUUUGACCUUUGUUCACGAUUACUACAAUUCCCUGAAUCCAGGGUUGUAUGGGAGGAAAAAUCAAGCAUGCAGUUAAGUGAUGAUUUUGAUAAAUACAUGUGUGUGACACACACUGGUUUCUGAUGUUUUUCAUGCUCUUUUGUUUAUUAUUGGUCCAGAUGACAUUCAUUAAUAGCUUGGCUGGUCCCAAUUAGAAUGCUAACAAAUAUGUGACAAAUUAUGUAAAAAUAUUUAAAAUAUUAAAAUUUAGAUUUGUGACUUCGAUUGCUGACUUAUAUUUGCAUUUAAAAAUAAGUUGGCCUUUUAUAACCUGAAUCAAUUGUCUAUUUGUGUAAUAAUGGAAAAAUAGUAUAAUGCAUAAUAGUUUCUUAAUGAAUGAGUUAAAAUCAUCUUUCAGUAAUUUUUUUAUGUUGGAAUUAAAUUUCACAAAGUU